AUGUCUCUGUUUGGAACAUCGCCAGAGGAGCCCUCUGCGGCACCGGCCCAGAGGUCCAAAUCCUCGCUCUUCGCGGAUGACGACGGCGACGAUAGCUCCUCCACUCCUUGGAAUCAGAACAAUACGGCCAAGCGAACUGCACGGCGCGACCUGGUCCGCACCUUGCUUCCCGCUACCGAUGUCCCCGAGAGCUAUGUCGACGCCUAUGAUCUGAUACUCAAUAGCGGGGAUAGGGUCGGUUCCGGAGUCGGACUGACCUCGAUUAGAGAAAUUCUGUCUAGUAGUGGCCUGACUGCUUCUGAUCAGGGCAAGGUCCUCAAUCUGGUCGUGUCUGGCGACCUAGAAAACUCUGGCGGGCUGGGUCGUGCCGAGUUCAAUGUCUUGCUGGCGCUGGUCGGAUUGGCGCAAGAGGGGGAAGACCUAUCUUUUGAUGCUGUCGAUGACCGUCGCAAGAAGCUUCCCCAGCCUAAGAGCGGCUUCCUUAACCGGCUCCGAACAUCGAAUAACGCGCCCUCCGACCCCGCGGAGGGACGACCAGCUACGCCCCCGCCCCAAGUGACACCGUUACAAGAGCCAAACUCAGCGCGAUCCCGGCGUUCACGACGAGGAUCUUUGGGCCUGGGUGGCGGCUUGGAAUCCGACCCAUGGGCAAGUCCAGAAUUGCACCGUAAUCACAACCACGAAGCUACCACCACCGAAGAGCGAGUCAAGGACGGCUUUGAGCGUGUUGUAAACGGAUUCGGAAGUAUGCGCUCUACAAAUGCAUGGUCUGGUGGUAGAGUGGCGGAGGAGGCCAGACAGAGCGAAGCACCACAACAACAGCAGCAGCAUACAAACGGUCGAACCGAGUCAGCACCGCCCAGCAGCUCCGGCUCUGGGUGGGGAAGCAAUAUCGGUGGGCCACCUGGGAAUGAUACGUUUGUUGCUGGACACGCCCCAGCCCUCGGUGGCUUCGGACCUCCUGGUGACGACCCUGGCGAUAUCGCCCCCCGGCGUCGGUCUCUGGGUCUUUCGCGGCCUACAAACCUACGGGUCGAGGAAACCGUCACGAUAACUCUCCUCCAGGAGAAGGAGGGCAUGUUCAUGUUCCAACAUCGAAACUACGAGGUCAAGUCGCCGCGACGAGGGAGCACAGUUGUGCGUCGGUACAGCGACUUCGUCUGGCUCUUGGAUUGUCUACAGAAGCGAUUCCCCUUCCGACAAUUGCCCCUUCUCCCGCCCAAGCGCGUGUCAGUGAAUGGUACUCAUUUAUCAGCGGAUUCGACUACUUUCCUGGAAAAGCGGCGCCGUGGACUUAUUAGGUUUACCAAUUCUCUCGUUCGACACCCCGUUCUUGGCCAGGAGCAGCUGGUGACUAUGUUCCUGACCGUUCCCACAGAACUAUCCGUAUGGCGCAAGCAGGCCACCAUCUCCGUCCAAGACGAGUUUGUUGAUCGUGCUCUCCCACCUGAUCUGGAGGAUUCUUUGCCCGCCAUUCUCGACGAGACCUUCGAGACUGUCCGCAGCGGCGUUCAAAGGUCUGCGGAAAUCUAUAUCAACCUGUGCACUCUGCUCGAGCGACUGGCCAAACGCAAUGACGGCCUGGCUGCCGAUCAUUUGCGAUUCUCCCUGGCUCUGCAAUCGUUGACCGAGGUCACCAAGGACACUUACUCGAUCGAUACCAAUGAUAUCCCCGCACUGAAUACCGGCAUCACCUCGACCGCCCGACACCUCUCGGCCAGCCAAAGUCUGCUAGAAGACGAGGCACGAGCCUGGUCGGACGGUGUCCUCGAGGACCUGAAACGCCAGCGAGACGUCCUGGUCAGCGUACGGGAGAUGUUUGAUCGGAAGGACCGGUACGCGCGGAACAAUAUUCCGCAGCUCGAACGCCGGAUCGAGGCCAGCGAACGCAAGCUGCAAGAGCUUCGUGCCCGACCAGCCGGAACCGCGAAGCCAGGCGAGAUUGAAAAGGUGGAGGACUCCAUAUUCAAGGACAAAGAGUCAAUCGUGCAGCAGCAUGCGCGAGGCGUGUUCAUCAAGGAGUGCAUCCGCGACGAGCUGAUCCACUUCCAGUCGAGCCAGUAUCACAUCAGCCGUCUGCACCAGGACUGGAGCCAGGAGCGAGUCAAAUAUUCCGAAUUGCAGGCGGAUAACUGGCGACAACUCAGUGAUGAAGUGGAGGGGAUGCCGACCGGAGAGUAG